ACGUGAAAGAUUUGGAAGAGAGAGAGUGGAGAGAGAAGGCAUGUGAAAGAUUUGGAAGGGAGUGACAGACGGCAAUGGAGUGGACAGCAUUCUCCUCCGCACAUAUAUAUAAACAAACAUUGAAUCCACAGAAUUUCACGGCCUUCCUCUUGUUUUCUUCUCUUCUCUGUCCUUCAAAAUUUCCCGCAUAAUUUUAACUUUCUGGGUUUCUCUCCGAUUCCCGAUUUCGAUUCUCUUCUUCCAUUCAUAUUUCAUCCCUUUUGGCCGCUUCUUCCUCCGCCGGCGGCGUAAAUUCCAUCUGGGUUCUCCUCCGCCGCUCCCCAAUGUUGCCGUUUCAGUCCCUCCACGAAGCCCAGUCGGCGCUUGGCCGGAAUCUCACCUUCGCCGAGACCCUCUGGUUCAAUUACUCCGCCGAUAAGUCCGAUUACUUCCUCUAUUGCCACAACAUUCUCUUCCUCUUCCUCAUUUUCUCCUUUAUUCCCCUCCCCCUCGUCUUCCUCGAGAUUCUUCACGCAGCCGGAAUUUAUAAGUACAAAAUUCAGCCAAAAGUCCGAUUGCCCUUUUCCGAGAUGUUCCGUUGCUACAGAGAUGUCAUGCGGAUGUUCUUCCUCAUCGUUGGCCCUCUCCAACUCAUCUCCUUCCCUUGCAUUAAGAUGAUUGGGAUCAGGACAGGGUUGCCAUUGCCUUCAGGAUGGGAAAUUCUUUCCCAAUUACUGGUUUAUUUCAUGAUCGAGGAUUAUACAAACUAUUGGGUUCAUAGAUUCCUUCACUGCAAAUGGGGGUACGAGAAAAUCCAUCGGGUUCACCAUGAAUACACAGCUCCUAUAGGAUUUGCAGCACCAUAUGCUCAUUGGGCUGAGGUUUUGGUCCUUGGAAUUCCCUCUUUUCUUGGUCCAGCCAUGGUUCCUGGUCAUAUGAUCACCUUCUGGUUGUGGAUUGCUUUAAGGCAGAUUGAGGCCAUUGAAACGCAUAGUGGGUAUGAUUUCCCCUGGAGUCUAACGAAAUUUAUACCAUUUUACGGUGGUGCGGAGUAUCAUGAUUACCAUCACUAUGUUGGAGGACAAAGCCAAAGCAACUUUGCUUCAGUAUUUACCUACUGUGAUUAUAUUUACGGAACUGACAAGGGGUAUCGCUAUCAAAAGAAGAUCCUCAAGACGUUGAAGGAAGAAGGGAAGAGCAGUGAAGGGUCAUACUACAGCACAGCCCAAGGUGUUAAAUCGGACUAGACGACGGAGGGGACUCAUGUUUUGAAGGAUGCAUUGUUCGUGGGCGUAGCAACGUUAUGUAACCUCUGAUUUUUGAAGUUAACUUAAUCGUGAUCGUAUUUCCGACGAGGUAGUUAGGGACUGGAAUGGGAUGGAAAUUAACUUGAGGUCUCAAAGAAGUUGUUUUUGUUAGCUUAAUCUUCUUCAGGCUCAGAAUUCAGAUUCUCCAAUGGCUUGUGUGUUUAACCUUAUUGUGCAGACAAAACCCCUAAUAUAAAUAUCUAUUUGGUUUGGUUUGGUUUGUAAA